AUGACGGAGAACACAGUGCUCAUCACAGGAGCAGGCGGAUGGUUAGGGGGUUUGCUCGCACGGGCACUGAUUGAGGACGCACGAUCGCCCGGUGUUGAGCUAAUCCUCGUCGACAUUGUCGAGCCCAGCGCGCCACCAUACGCCGCUGUGGUCACCCUCAAGGCCGAUCUCACCGAUCCCGCCGCGGUGGACGCAAUGUUCAACACCAAGUACGGUACCCCAGACACGAUCUACUGCCUCCACGGAAUUAUGUCCCGAGGGUCUGAGGACAAUUUUGACCUGGGCCUAAAGAUAAACGUCGACUCAGUGAGAGCAGUGAUCGAUGCCGCGCGCCGUUACGGGGAGAGCACGGGCCAGCUCAUCAAAUUCAUAUUCGCGUCGUCUUUGGCUGUCUACGGUGGACCUCUGCCACAUGUCGUUACUCCGGAGACGAUCGCGACGCCACAAGGAGCAUACGGGAUGAGCAAGCUCGUCAACGAGCUCUUCAUCAACGAAUACACGCGCCGCGGGCUCAUCGACGGCCGCAUCCUCCGCCUGCCCACCAUCGUCGUCCGCCCCGGCCCUCCGGCCGCGGCCACCUCCGCGUUCGUCUCGGGGAUCAUCCGCGAGCCGCUGCAGGGGCUCCCGACGACCUGCCCGAUCGGCGACGGCCCGUCCUCGCCCGCGCUCGACCUCGCGCUCUGGCUCGCGUCGCCGGAGACGACGGUCGCGAACCUCGUGCACGCGCGGCGCGUCCCGCCCGCCGCGUUCGCGCCGCACACCCGCGUGGUGUGCCUGCCCGGGUUCACCGCGACGGUGCGGGAGGAGCUCGCGGCGCUCGCGGAGGUCGCGGGCGCGGGCGCGCUCGCGCUCGUGCGCUUCGAGGACGACGCGACGAACCGGCGCGUGGUGUCGUCGUGGCCGGCGCGGUUCGACAACGCGUACGCGCUCGGGCUCGGGUUCGUCGUCAACGAGGGCGGGAUGGUCCCGAUCGUGCGGCGGUUCCGGGAGCAGCUGGCGGCGGGGGUUGUGUAG